CGCGGAGUCCCCCCUCCCAGCCCCCACCCACCAAUCUCCAUCCAUCCUCUUGCCCCGCGCGCAUGCACGGAGAGCAGGAUGCUCCUCUCCUCCUCUUUCCCGCUUCUGCAGGAGAUGCAGCCGAGUGGAGGCGGCGCGCAUCGGCGCCGGGGACGCACGAACCUCCGCACCUGCACCCGGACACAUUGAGCAAAAAAAAAAAAAACUCAAGAGGUAUUUUUUUUUCCUUCUUUCUUGCCUUGUUUCCUCCCACCCCCUUCCCCCGGCUUGGUCCUCUUCAAGGAUGCCCGGAGCAUUGCUGUCUUCCCGGUCCCUCUACAUCGGCAUGGAGGUGGCGAUCGCAGUGGCGUCGGUGGUCGGCAACGUGAUGGUGGUGUGGGCGGUGAGGAUCAACAAAUCCCUGCGGGACACCACCUUUUGUUUUAUCGUGUCGCUGGCGUUGGCCGACAUCGCGGUGGGGGCGCUGGUCAUCCCGCUGGCCAUCACCAUCAGCAUCGGGCUGCAGACGCACUUUUACAGCUGCCUGAUGGUCGCCUGCACGGUUCUGGUUCUCACGCAAAGUUCCAUCCUGGCGCUGCUGGCCAUCGCUAUUGACCGAUACCUGAGAGUCAAGAUCCCCACCAGGUACAAGCGGGUGGUGACGCCCCGGCGAGCGGGUGUGGCCGUGGUGGUGUGCUGGACGGUGGCUUUCGUGGUGGGCCUCACCCCCAUGCUGGGCUGGAACAAUCUGGAGCGUCUGAGGCAGAACGGCUCCGUUGGCUCCGAGCUGGUCAUCACGUGCCAGUUCGAGAACGUCAUCAGCAUGGACUACAUGGUCUACUUCAACUUUUUCGGCUGGGUGCUGCCCCCCCUCGUGCUCAUGCUCCUGAUCUACGCCGAGAUCUUCUACAUGAUCCAUAAGCAACUCAACAGCAAGAAGCUGACGGGCAGCCACAGCGACCCCAACAAGUACUACGACAAGGAGCUCAACCUGGCCAAAUCUUUGGCGCUGGUCCUCUUUCUCUUCGCCAUCAGCUGGCUCCCGUUACACAUCAUCAACUGCGUGACGCUCUUCUGCCCCGAGUGCCAGAAACCCAUGGUCCUCCUCUACAUCGCCAUCCUGCUCACUCACGGCAACUCGGCCGUCAACCCCAUCGUCUACGCCUUCCGCAUCAAGAAAUUCCGCGCGGCCUUCCGCAAGAUCUGGCGGCAGUAUUUCUGCUGCGAGGACACCGCGGCUCUGGAGAUGCAGCCCAGUGACAGGAAGUGGCAAAGCGUCAAUCCCGAACCGGGUCGGGUGUUACUGCCCGACGGUCCGCGGCCUCAGAACCGGAGCGCCGAAGCCCUGCAAGUGAAAGACCAGCCGCCCUUAUUGGCGCAGAAUGACGUUUAGCACGAGGAAUGCAAGGAAUCCAUCUUGAAAACACACCAAGGUUCCCCGGUUCCCCAACGUGAGCCGAUGAGAGGCGAUGAUGCCUCCACUUCGGGGUUUUCGGGAGGCGACGCGGAGGGUCCUUCCCAACCACAGCAGCAGGAUUGGGAAGACAUGGACCUUCUGACCAUGUACCUGUGGUUGACAAAAGCUCAAAACCAUCCACCAUGGCGCCGCUUGUCAACAAACGUGUCAUUUGACCAGGGGGCGGAGCCAUUGAGGAAACGGUCAAUGGCUUGAAUCAUGAUUUUUAGCCUUCUUCGUUUUUUUUUUUUUUUAAUCACUGUAGUUUAAAUGUGUGUGAUGUCAGUCAUGAGAUAAACUGCCUAAAAAGUGUUGGAAGAACUUCACAUUUCAAUGGGAAGCCAUUCGUCCAUUUCCUACCGCUUAUCCGUUGUUUGGUCGCGGGGGCAACGGCUUUAGCAGGGGAGCCCACGCUUGCCUCUCCUCGGCCACAUCUUACAACUUUUCCGGAAGGAUUCCAAGGCGUUUCCAGGCCAGCCGGGAGUGAGUCCUGGGUUGUCCCGGGGCCUCCUGCUGUUGUAACGUGCAGAUGCCCGAGCCACCUCAUCUGGCUCUUCUCAACAUGGAGGAAUAGUGACCACCGACACCCCCCCAAACCCUCCCCUCACUCGUUGAGUCAGCUUCUCACCUUAUCUCUAAGGGAGAGCCCGGACACCCUACAUAGGAAAUUUCGAUCACUUGUCUCCGGAAUGUCGUUCUUUCGGUCAUGACACUGGAAAGUUGAUUAAAAAAAAAUAAAUCAACGUGGAAACUCAGAGAGACUGUGGUGAACGUGAUCCUUAAAGGACUGGCUAAUCAACUGACUUCUCUUGCUCGGAUUACCGACACAGACGCGCCUCUUUGGACAAGGGAAAUGGAUCACUCUGCGGCGCUGACGCUAGCUAGCAAGCUAGCCGUGAUUAUUUUGGUCACGUGAAGCAAGCAAUCAAACGUUUGAUUUAUUACCUGCAGUCCACCAACCCCAGUGACAAGGUUUGAUUCCUCGUCUAUGCCUUUCGACGUGGCUCUUAUGUCAUCAAGCAGUCCUGCCUGGAAGGAUCUUCUCCAAACAACAAUUUCUGACAUGAACUACUCAGUUUCCGCUGGAUUAUUUAUUUUUAUUUGUGCGUUUUUUAUUUUUAUUUUUAUUUUUUAAGGACAUUGAAAAUAUCGAAACCUUUUGGGGAUUUAUCUGGUAGCGGAACAUGUUUUUUUUGUUUUUUUCCAGAAUCUAAAUCACCUUUGUCAUUGCAAACAAUGCAACAUUAGUCAAUGAGAUGUGAUGUUUUCAGUUCAGGGUCGUGACCUCUGCCACCCGCAAGUGCCCUGGCGUCUACGCUUGCAAACAUUCUGAAAAGGUCGUUAAAUUUGCAAUAAUUUCCAAGCAUUAUGACGUGACUUGGUGGGAGUCGUAGUGCGUGAGGCGGGGCUUUUCAAAAUGUUGGGGGCUGGUGGCACCUUACAAAGUGGCCCUUCACUCCAACCAAACAUAAAGAGCACAUGAUGUUAUCAAAUUCAAAAAUAAAAUGGAAAAAAAAUCCUAUUUUCACGGUCUUUGCGAGGGAACACAAUGUUUUUUGUUUUUUUUUUCUUCCAUGUCACCUUUGGGGCCCUGGAGUCCGGUACUGUCCUGUGCGGCGUGACUUCAUCGUUGUAAUAGAUAGAAAGAAAAAAACUACACGCGUGUUGGGCCUGUGUCCUAUUUCAUAAAAUCUUA